UGACUAUAUAUGGGUGAGGGUCAUUCCUGUUUUCAAAGCUCCUGCGAACUACAUGGAGCCACUGAAGCAUAAGGACCUGGUGGUCAAUGCAAGAUCAAUUCCUGUGAUCAAAAUCUGAACCAGUGUUGUGAAUUAAUAGAAAUGACAUCUAUGAUUCAAGGGCAGCUCUUCACAAUCCUCAAUGAGACAUCUCAAGACGGUGGGCAUUAUGCAGGUGUAGAGACAAUAAAAACUCGUCUCCUGCCGUGGUUAGGGGCUUGGUUUUCCCAUGCUACUUCAGGAAGGCUCUUUGAAACUAGCCUCUCCUUAAAUCAGGAUUCAAUUGAGAAAGAGAGACAACUGAGGCAGACUUUUCAGCUGCAGGAGCUGCAGGAAGAACUGACAUCAACUCGUCUGGAGCUUGACCAUGUGCAACAAGAUCUGAAGGCUUCCCGUGCCCAGGAGGAGAACUCUCUGAGGAGAUUAGAUCAUCUGAAUGACUAUGAGCAGCAGAUUGAAAUGUUGCGGGAUGAGCUUUCUAUCCUGGAUGCCCAGAAGUCUGUUUUGCAGAGCAGGAUUGCAAGGAGCCGCUCUCCUUCCCCGAGACGCAUGAGGAGCAGGUCAUCUAGUCCUCUUCCCCUGAGGAGCUGCUCACCUGGCCGAGCCAGGAGCACGAAUGCUUCACGUCAUGCCUUCCUGGUUGCUCGCUUUGGGGACAUUUAUUCUAAAGAUCGCUUUGAUGCAGAGAGGAUUUUGAGGAUGUACAUCAAUGAUAUGGAGAUGGUGCAGAGGAUAAUAUACACAGCAGCAGUGGAGUCUUUCCAAGCAGCAAAGAUGGCCUACAGGCAGUUCAAAAUGCGUGUAAGAAAGACACUAUCUAUAGGGCACUCGGGGCCUGAGUCACUUGAAGACACUGUUAUGGAUUAUAUCGUUCGCCAUGAGGAUCUGUAUGAUGUUCAAGCCAGCGUCAAUGAAGUAAUUCGCUCCAUGAACAUCAACCCAAAGAUUUCAUCCACACCAGAAUUUGAUUUUGCUGUCAUCAGCAGUUUUAUUCGAGAGCUAUGUCGUGUGGCUUUCUCAAUGCAGACACUCACUCCUCCUCUUGAUAUUGCCUUUGGUAUGGAUGGUGAGCUCUUCAGUGAGACCAAGUAUCAUCGUAGUGUUGACUCAGAUUAUACAGCUGCCUUGGUGGCCUAUCAUGUAUGGCCUGCUCUAAUGGAAAAUGAUGUUGUGAUUGUGAAGGGAGAAGCAGUCACAAAAAGAGGAGCUCUGUGGUCUCACAGGAGCAGAAGUAGAAGUCGGAAUCGCAGUGUCAGUCCUCUUCUGUCUCAUUUAUCUCGAAGCCGUAGUCCUUCACCACAGAGAAGUGGAAGUCCAAGUAGGGCAUUAAGAUAGCUGCAUAAGUUUCUGUGAUUCUGUACAUCUGGAUCCAUCAACAUUGCUUGUGCCUUUUCCUCUUCAAGGAAUACCUCAAAUGUCGCAAUAAUGUGAAUGGCCGUGAACUCAAAAA